AUCAGACGUGGACGUUCGGCUUGUGGAUGUGUAUGCUAAUGCUUCAGCGAGGUUGACAUGGUGUAUGCAUGCCAACGAUAGCGUGCUAUUCUACCUGCUAACACUGCAGACCGUUGGCAGAAGGCUACACCUUCUCAUGUUACUUCUCCAAUGUCUGUCUCAUUAGAAUUGGCCCGGUAACUUAUGGUCGUGACCACAAACUUUGAAGGGCCAUCACCAAUGCCAGUGGAGAGGGUCAGGAGGGGAUUUCUAACACUGUGGAUACUUGUGUGGCUGCGCCGGCGGCGAUGAUGAGGUUACCUCUCCAACCAACGAAAGACGUUGAGGGCUGCGGGGCUAUAGCAGGAGUCCAAGGAGACUUAGGCCAUGCAUGCGCUUAGCCUGCGAUGCCAUGCAGGUGGGUAGCGAGUCCCAACCGCCGAUGAUCUGCGAUGGAUCGACGACGGAUAUUAGGAUAUGCCGAUGACGAGUGUAGCCUUCACUCUAGCCUGCAGAAACCAGCCAUGUGCUGGAGAUGCAGGACUCGAUUGCGCAAUCGACCCUGAGCAUGCUGGAAGUCACAAGAGGAGGCUGGCGAGAAGAGGCGGGAGAGCUAAAGCUCACCGGCGUCAUCAGCGACGUUGCGGGACGUUUCACAGAAGGGUCCAGCCAGCGGCUGGGCGGAGUUGGGCGGAGUGGGAACGAUUGGCGAACCUCGCGAACUGCGGCCUUUGGGCGAAGACAUGCGAUUCGGCACGCGAAGCCACACCGCCGGCGGCGAGGUGGUCACUUGCUUCGACAACGCAGACGAGCGAGAUGAUUUGCAUUAGCUUUGCGAAGGAGACAGCACAAGACUGGGUAGAAUGCGGGACCACUGCGCGGCCUCGUAGAACCCCGCCAUGUCAUCAUGAUGUCGAUUGCUCAGAGCGAGGUCACGAUGCUGUCAUGGCCGGGAGGCUGGAGGUUGAGGCUGCAAGUUUAUUGUCAGCGGCUGCAACCUCGUGGAGAAGCAGGAGAGUGAUAGGCGUUGUGGGAUCUGCAAAGGCCUGUGCGGGUGCUGUAGGGAAGGCAUCGCCAGGGGCGUGUGCUCGGAGCCAUGGCUGGGUGUGCUCAUGCGCGUGGCCGCCCGAGGUGCAAAGGCGGCCGUCGACAUGCUGGCGAUGGUGGGGUGUGGGAGGUGGAUGCGGCUGGGAAGCAAGUGCUUGUGGGAAGCGUCUUCGGCACAAGCACCAGCAAGCGGGCGGCGGAACGUGUUAGCGAAGGCGGCGAUCGCGUAUCGCCCUCGCCAGGCACCAUCGUGGAGGCUCCGAUCAGUGUGCACUGCGGCGUCGCGAAGCCGCCUCUUGGGAAGCUCCCGGCGCUGGAUUGAGCCUGAUUACAAUCCUGUUGCUGGCCCACGCUGCCAUGUCCUCACCCUGGUAGCCCUGUCUUUUACCUAUUGCCUCCGAAGAGGCCAUGGCCCAACAUGUGGGCCACUCAUUGCGGGCACGCCGUCGUGGACAGAGCGCAGAGCAGACGCCGCUAGGAGAGGCAAAUGUAGAGGCC